UUAUGAAUUGAUUACAUAUUCAAAUCGAUAAGAAUCCAUUCAUUACUCUUGACAAGUCCAAUUUAUUCCAGUUUUUCAAAUAGUGCGCGGUAUCCGAAUAAACGCUUGAAAACAUUCUCCACACAUUAAUGAAAUGGUGCAGUAAUACAAUAAAUUAAUUUACAAUUGGCUACAAUUUGUCAGUUUCAGUAAUCACUUGUAAUUCAUAUCGAGUGGAACAAUGUGAUAGAAUAUCACCAGGACAAAAUGAGAACAUAGGAUUAUUAUAUUUGCCGUGUUAGUUCAAUAUUUGCAGUUCACACUCUGAUAAUUCAUUCAGGCUUCAUUCCCAAACUAGAGUAUUUUCAUUAGUACAAGGAUUACUGUAAUUGAGGGAGGAUUACUCUAACAGUUGCGCAUAUAUACGUCAUCUAAUGAGUCACGACUGAGCAGAACGGAAUCAGAUUCUAGGCUACCGGAUUUGAAUAUUAGAAUAAUUUGGCGUUACAUCAAUUAAGUACGUGAACAAACACAAAUCCCAAAUCGUUACAAAUAACCUGAAAACCAAAAAUUUUAAUCUAAGGAUAUUAUCACGUUGAAUGCAUAUUAUGUGCAAGUACAAUGGCUCUUUGUAGUUUUGUUUUUGGGUUCAUGCAUAAUCUGACGUGCACUUGCACAUAGACUCAUCCAAUGUGAUCAUACCCUAAAACUACUUAUUCGUAGAUGUGCGUAUACCGAUGGACGUAAGCUAUGAAUAGCUCUUAUUUCACCAAAUACACAGGUUAGGCCGAUGUAGAUACGAGGUGGAUCUAUUAAACCUUACCAAACAAACACCUUCAAAAACUUUCGAAGUUCAUGUAGGCUAAAUGAAAAAUCAUUUGUACCAUAACUUGAAUAUUUGCAUUUCGAAAAUUCAUUUCCAGACUAGAGUAUCCAUUGGCUGAAGGGUUGCCGGUACAUAGACGCGCGCGCAUAUCUAUCUUCUAUUCAACUAUAUCGCUGGUGAAUCUGUUGAGUAAGUUGGUGCAUUGUUGAGUAUGCGUGUGCAAGUAUGCUGUCGCUCUCGCCCUCACCCUCCUCACCCCCGCCCUGACCUCAGUGACAUCCGAUGCGAAUAAGUCACGCUCUGGGCGUUCAUUGUCAUUGACAUUGUCAGCGUGGUCUUGUCUUUGAUCCAUGUUCAGCCAUAGCAUGAGCGACUUGAAUCAAAUCACUUGGAGCGAAGCGUCAAUUGCCAAUGCGGUUUGUGCGCCGCUCACCACUCACAACUACUGAUGCUCAUAGAGACUGUGCGCACUUGUGAAACUUGAACACUGACAGUCUGACUUGGUGAAAAACACUACUUGUCCGUCAUGCUUACUGGAUGCCGGUGGUUUUUGCUGCUCGCCAGCUUCUCUGCAUGCGAUGGUAUUUCGCUAAUAAUGUCUUCGCACCAGAAUCUGAAUGAAUCGAGGGAAUUGCAGCCACAUUUGCAGCCGUUUUUCGACUUAGCAUCUUCCACGAGAAAUGUCACGACUCCGGUUGGACAAACAGCCUUCCUCCAUUGUACCGUAGAGCAGCUUGGAGAUAAAUCAGUGUCGUGGAUGCGACGUCGGGACCUGCACAUCCUGACAGCGGGCAGCCUGGCCUACACGAGCGACCAGCGCUUCCAGGUCGUGCGUGAGGAGGGGGAGGGAGGAGACGGCGCCGAGCGGUGGACACUGGUGCUGCGAUUUGCUCAGCCGCGCGACUCCGGCGUCUAUGAGUGCCAGGUCAGCUCCGAGCCCAAGAUCAGUCUCGCCUUCCAGCUCACCGUACAAGAACCACGCGCCUCGAUACUGGGCGCAAGCGAGGUGCACGUGCGGCUAGGCAGCGGACUGCGCCUGCGCUGUGUGGUGGGUCAGGCGCCGCACGCACUCGCCACGCUGCGCUGGUACCGCGCUGAUGCGGGAGGCGGUAGUGUAGGCGGUAGCGGAGGCGGCAGCGGUAGCGGCAGCGAGAUGCUGGUCAAGCCAGCCAACGAUCUGCUGAUAGACGCGCGUUGGUCGGCGCCUGACGGGCUAGUAUCCACUCUGACCAUUCCCCGCGUCAUGCCACGUCACCAGGGCAACUACUCAUGUCGCUCGUCGGCCGCCUCACGCGACACACCGCCCGCCCGGGUCUACGUCCAUGUUCUGACUGGGGAACAUCCAGCUGCAAUGCAACAUGGCAGUGGAGCUACUGGAGGAGCUUCAUCAUUCCACAUGGCGCGACCACUCAUCCUUCUCAUUCUCCUUCUCAUCCUUCUCACUCAUCCUUCUCUGACAUGAAGCAUGAGGCAGGACACUCUGCAUCCCAAACUGUGAUAGCCCUCAUCUGGCAACAAUAAAACAAACAGAACUUGUCGAAGACUCACAUCAUAGCGACGAAUUUUGAAAAAUAACUUUAUGCGAAAGAUUAAAGCACGAGUGAACUGCUGAAGAUUAACUGAGUGAAAUAAUUCGAAUAUGAGAGAGACCUAUUGUACUAGAAUGAGAGAAAUUGUGUAAAUAACAAUUAUUUGCAAAAAAGCAUUCCUCAUCAAUUAAUUCUUGUAAUAUUGUAAAUAAUUAUCAUUAUUUUAUGUUCAGGGAGAAUAUAUAGGGAGAGAAUUCUUUGACCACUCACACUAAAAUGGAAAGCUCAUUCUAUAUUUUGAGAGGAUUAUCAGAGGAAGUAGAUUCUUCUAAUAAUGCUAUUAUGCGAAUUUCAUCAUGCUUCAGUAUGAUAAUUCAAGCAUUACAACAAAGUUAUGUCUUGGAUAUAAAAUUACCGUAUUAAAUUACAUUGAGGGUUUUAGAUAUAAGAAAUGUCCAAUGGAGUUUUGAAAAUUAUGAUGAAGCUGAUCUGGGAGUGGUGAUACAAUAAACAGAUUUCAAUUGAUAAUUGAUAAUUCAAUGAGAAUUAUUUCCGGAACUAUCAAGGAUACCAACAAACCUUGGAACUCCACGAUUGGUCACGUUUUCAGUGUUAGCUAUGCUAUGCUAAUAAUUGCAAAGAUAAUAUUGUCAAUUUGAUUUUUAUAAAAUAUAAUUGAAAAAAAGGCAAAAUUAUAAGGUUCGUAUUUUCAUAAGGUUCUAUACGUAAUUAUUUCCAAGUUUGAAAGGACCGGAUUAAUAAUGACUUUUGACAUUUUCUCAGUUAAGCAAGCUACUAGAAUCUAUUUUAUUGUCCUCUGUCAAAGGUUAAUAUGCAACCAGCUAAAAUAAUCGUUCUGAUUUAAUCCUGUAACUGGCAGCUUGGGUGAGAAAUUUCUUAAAAAUCAUCUAUAAAUACGGCGCCAAGAUUCUACGAUUUUUAAGCUCGCUCAGUGUCAGAUCUUAUCUUUUUAUCAAUAAAUAAGUGAAAUUACAUGUGAAUACAAUUUUCCAACAAUAAUGUUACGCAGAACGUUUCAAUAAGUGAGUGAAUUUAUAAUAAAUUAAUCUAUGGUAAUAUUGAUCAAAUCGAUAUGAGUUAUAAGAUACAAAGAUGCAUUAUAAUAUGUUAUUAUUGUGAAUAAAUAUUUAUUGAUAUUGUGAA